AUGUUCAGCCCCCGCACACCCGCCCAGGUGGACAGCCUGGCGCACAGCCUGCGCCUGCAGCAAGAGGCGGAGGCGGAGUGGGCUGGGUUUGCGUCAGACAUGCAGCAGGCGCAGGCGCAGCCGCGCAGCAGCAAGCCUGGGGAGGCGGCAUGGCGGGCGGGGCCGCACGGCGCGCGGCUGGCGGCGGUGGAGGGUCUGGCGCUGGGCACGCUGCCGCUGUCGGGGCCGCAGCGCAACCUCGCCAUCCAGACGCUGAUUGACCUGGGCAAGACGCCCUCGGGGCAGGAUGCGGCGGAGCUGCUGCAGUCGGUGGGGUGGUGGCCGCCCCACCUGCACCUCACCCUGGUGACCUCGGGCAUCAGCGAGGAGUUUGGGGCGGCGCUGGAGGCCGCCGCGGCCGGCCUGGUGGCGUGCCCGCCGCCCGACCCCGACGCGGCGCGGCGCGUCGACCUCACCUCCACCCACUCCGUCAUCACCAUCGACGACGCCUCCACCACCGAGAUCGAUGAUGGGUUGUCGCUGGAGCGCCUGCCCGGCGGCGGGCUCAAGGUGUGGGUGCACAUCGCCGACCCCUCGCGCUGGGUGGCCCCCGGCUCGGCGCUGGCGGGCGAGGCGCGCGGGCGCGGCAAGAGCCUGUACCUGCCCACCGGCGCGGUGCCCAUGUUCCCAAAGUGCCUGGCGGAGGGUCCCUUCAGCCUGCGGCAGGGCGUGCCCACCGAGGCGGUGUCUGUGGGCGUGGAGGUGACGGCGGAGGGGGCGGUGGUACCGGGCGGCGUGCACGUGGUGCCCAGCCUGGUGCGCCCCUCCCGCCGCCUCACGUACCGAGACGUGGACGAGAUGCUGGCAGCGUGUGAGGAGGAGGAUGAGCGGGACCUGUUUGAGCUGCGCAGGGUGGCGGAGCUGCGCCGCGCGCACCGGCUGUGCGGCGGGGCGGUGGAGAUUGACAUGCCUGAGAGCAGCGUGAGGGUGGAGGGGGCGGACCGUGACGACCCGGCUGUGCUGAUUGAGGAGGAGGACCAGUUUGCCUCGCCCGCACGCCAGCUGGUUGCUGAGAUGAUGAUUCUGGCGGGCGAGGCGGUGGGGCAGCUGGGGCGGGAGCUGGGCGUGCCGCUGCCGUACCGCGGCCAGGCGGAGCCCGUACUGCCAGAGCCCGAGGAGCUGGCGGCGCUGCCGCCCGGGCCCUGCCGCGCCGUGGCGCUGCGCAGCCGCAUGACGCGGAGCGUCACGGUGGCACACGCGCCGCUGCGGCACGCGGGGCUGGGCCUGGAGGCGUACGGCGACCUGCUGGCUCACUGGCAGCUCAAGGCCGCGCUGCGUGGCAAGCAGCCGCCCUGCACCGCCGACGAGCUCAUGGAUUUGCGCCUGUCCAAGCUGGAGCGUGAGGUGGAGUCCUACUGGGUGGCCGAAUACUUCCGCCAGGCAAACACGUCCGACCCGCGUGCCACCUGGGACGCCAUGUUUCUGUGCUGGCUGAGGCAGGAGGUCGGGCUGGCGCGCGUGCUGCUGGGGGGGCUGGGCCUGGAGACGGUGCUGCGCAUCAACAGCCCCGUGGAGCCCGGAGAGCGGGUGUAUGUGCGGUGCGUGCACACCGAUGUGCGGCAGGGCAUGUACAGGCUGGAGGUGGUGCCCCACGGCCAGGUCGACCCCGCCUCUGUGCUCAACGACUCGAGCCGGUACGCCGACCUCUAUGGCUAUGCCGGCGGCGACUACCUGCCAGAGUCGGACAGCGACUGA